AUUGGAUCUCAGCUCUGAGAACAAUCUCAACAAAUCUCAAAUCUCGAAUCGGAAUCAAAGUCUCCUCCCAGAAUGAAGGUAUUCGUCUGCUUGUUGGCCUCCCUGACACUGGCUAAUGCUGGCGGCUUCCGCGGCGGUGCGGGUGCGGGUGGUGCUGGCGGUGGCGGCGGUGGCUAUCUGCCCGGCGGAGGACGUGGAGGCGGCGGCUUUGGCGGCCGAUCUGCCAAUGGAGCUGGACUCGUCUCGCAUGUCUCGCAGUCCCAUGGCAACACCAAGGUCCAUAUUGGAGGACAAGGACAAGGCGGUGGUGCUGCCUACGGCGGCGGUGGAGCUGCAUCUUAUGGAGGCGGCGCAGGCGGUGGCUAUGGCGGUGGUGCUGGAGGACGCGGCGCAGCCUGGCAAGGAUCUGGAGCUGGUGGAGGACGCGGUGCCGGCGGCUGGCAAGGAGCAGGAGGAGCGGGCGGUGCUGGCGGCUGGCAGGGAGCAGGAGGAGCUGGCAGUGCUGGCGGCUGGCAGGGAGCUGGAGGAGCGGGCGGUGCUGGUGGCUGGCAGGGAGCAGGAGGAGCUGGCGGUGCCGGUGGCUGGCAGGGAGCAGGAGGAGCGGGCGGUGCCGGUGGCGGUGGCAAUGCCUGGGGCAACCCCGCUGAGUUCGAUUACACCGUUAGCCAUGCCUCAAGCGCUGGCGGCGGUUCCUAUGGUGGUGCUGCUCGUGGUGCUGCUGCUGGCGGUGGCUAUGGCGGUGGUUCCCGUGGCGGUGCUGGCUGGUGGAACGAUUAGACAUUU